GCGGGCAGGGGCGGGCGGGUGCCGAGGGCCCGGAGCGCUCCCGCAGCGCUCGCCCCCCGCACGUCGGCGCGGGCAUUUCGGGGCCGCUUGGCCUCCUUUCGUUUGCCGUUCCUUCCGAAGGCUCAGUGUUUUGGGGUCGUGCUUAUGUCUUGUUUAGUGACAGCGCGGCCAACUCGUAUUCACCCGUGAAAGCCCAUCCCGUCUGUGGGCGCCGGGGCGGGAUCCGAGCCCGGUGCCUCACCUCCGCCCAUGCCAGGCCCGACGCGGUGCCGGACGCGGCCGAGGUGUCCAGGCAGUGUUUGCGGGUGGAGAACGUGCCCUCGUGGGGGCUCCACGCGCGCCCGCCUUCCGCACGUGUGGCGAUGCCGGGGUCCUGAACGCAGAUGGCACGCGCGACCAGCGCUGCCCUCGCGGGGCCGGCCCGCCUGGGUGUAGGGUGCAGCCCGCGCCUCCCGAAGUGAGGGGUGUUGCACUCACCGCGCCUCGCGGGCUCGCCGGCUUUCCCGCGUCACCUUCCCUGGCCCUGCCUCGACCUCCCUCCGUGAAGCCGCACUCGCGAGCCCACCCGCGUCCUUGGCUCCGGGCUGAUUUUCUCCCUGGGGCUUCUCACCCGGCUCACGGCCUCUGUGGCAUUUCCCUGGAGUCCGAGCCCCGCGCGGGCACAGGAGGACGGUGGUCCAGGGUGGCCCUGGCUCUUUGGCUCUCUGGGUGGUGGUCCCGGAGCCCUAGUGUGGGGCUUGGUGACUAGCUGAGGCCCCACGCCUGUCUCAGGACCCCUGCAGUCCACUGUUGUCCGUGCUGCCCUGCCUGGCUCCCUGUCGUGUCAUAUCACACUCUGAUCUUUGGUCGCGGACCUCAUCUUUAGUUCUGCCCGCUGGCUCGCCUGUAACUUGCCUUCUAAGGACGACAAGAAGCUCUUGGAUGGCUUCGUUGGUGGCUUACGAUGACUCGGACUCGGAGGCUGAGACGGAGGCUGCGGGAGGUGUCCGUGCUGCCGGCCACACGACAGGCGCUGCUGGCGUGGCUGGUGCUCCUGGGCAGGCUUUGGCAGGGAAGGAAGCACUGCCCAAAGAGCCUGCUUCUUGGGGGGGCUCCAGGGAACAGCGCCUCCCACUGGCUCAGCUCGGGGGAGGCCAUCGGGGGUCUUGCCCCAGCCAGAGGCUACAGUGGCCCAGGAAGGAGCCGGAAGUCACCCUCCCUGCAAGCCACCCUUCUCGGUCUUCUCUGUGGACGAGCCAUGCGCCGGCCAGCACCGUGCCCCUGGCAGCUGCCCGCCUGAAGCCAGUACAACUCUGCCGGGACACCCCAAGGUCGUUGUUCUGUGCUCAGCGUGAAUCUGAAGUGACAGGCAAGACUGCCGGCUCUUCCCAGAGGAGAAGGGCUGAGGACAGUGUCGUCCCCUACACCCCAAAGAGGCUACGGCAGCCGCAGGCGGCGAGCACAGAAGCAGGCAAGGCUCAGGAUGUGGCGCCACCGCGUCCCCCUGCAGGGUGUGCCCCGGCCCCUUGCUGUGUGGCCCCCCACGUGUCGGAGUUCAUCCAGCCGUACUUGAACAGUCCGUACAGAGACACCCAGGUCCCCAGCAAAGUGCUCUUCCACCUCAGAGGCCACAGGGGCCCUGUCAACAGCAUUCAGUGGUGUCCAGUUCUUUCCAAGAGCCACAUGCUUCUCUCCACGUCCAUGGAUAAGACCUUCAAGGUGUGGAACGCCGUGGACUCGGGGCGCUGCUUGCAGACCUACUCCCUGCACAGUGAGGCGGUGCGGGCCGCCCGGUGGUCUCCCUGUGGCCGGCGCAUCCUCAGUGGUGGCUUUGACUUUGCCCUGCACCUAACAGACCUCGAAACAGGAACCCAGCUGUUCAGUGGGCGAAGUGACUUUAGAGUCACUACCUUGAAAUUUCACCCGAAGGACCCCAGCGUUUUUUUAUGUGGAGGCUUCAGCUCCGAAAUCAAAGCCUGGGAUGUGAGGACUGGCAAGGUGGUGCGAGGCUACAAGGCGACCGUCCAGCAGACCCUGGACAUCCUCUUCCUGCAGGAGGGCUCCGAGUUCCUGAGCAGCACAGACGCGUCGACCCGGGACUCCGCCGACCGCACCAUCAUCGCCUGGGACUUCCGCAGCUCGGCCAAAAUCUCCAACCAGAUUUUCCAUGAGCGAUACACCUGCCCCAGCCUGGCCUUGCACCCCAGGGAGCCUGUGUUCCUGGCACAGACCAAUGGCAACUAUCUGGCCCUCUUCUCCGCCGUGUGGCCUUACCGGAUGAGCAGGAGGCGGCGCUACGAAGGACACAAGGUGGAAGGCUAUGCCGUGGGCUGCGAGUGCUCCCCGUGCGGAGACCUGCUGGUGACGGGCAGCGCCGACGGCCGGAUCCUCAUGUUCAGCUUCCGCACGGCCAGCCGGGCAUGCACGCUGCAGGGCCACACGCAGGCCUGCGUCGGCACCACCUACCACCCGGUGCUGCCCUCCGUCCUCGCCACGUGCUCCUGGGGCGGCGACAUCAAGAUCUGGCACUGAUGCGGCCGGGCCGCGGCAGCGGGGUGGGAGUGAGCGCGGAGCUGACUUCGGGCCGGUGCCGGGGGAGGCUGACCGGCCCGGUCUCUGCAGAGGCACGGUGGGACCACGUCAGCCACAGCGCUGGCAGGGGCUGGCACGGCCCAAUAAAGGCGAGCGUUUGCCGUG